AUGAUAAAGGCAUUUUUAAAAAUAAAGAAUGAAUCACUAGAUGAAUUUUUACAUCAAUGUUUAAUUGAAUUAUUUCGAAUAUUUCGAUUGGACAAAAAAUUGAAAAAGACCGAUGUUCUGGAUUUCCUGUAUUCGUUAAUUGACAAAGAUCAUGAAAAAGUAUUUUUUAAAGCUAUGGAAUUUGAUAUGAAAAAUAGAUUGGAUGAUGAUAAUCAUAGACAAUUUGCUCCUUUAAAAUUCCCGGCGUUUUAUUAUUGUUGGAUAUUAAGUAAAUUUGGAGCAGAUGCUAAAAUUACGGAUUGGUGUUUUGAUGAUAUUUUGGUGAAAAGAGUUAAUCUUGAUGUUUUUGUUCAACAACGUGAACAACGAAAUUAUGUUUUAAGUGAACAACUUGAAAUCAAUUUCAAAGAAAUAUGUGAUGCAUUUAAGAACUAUUCCAAUACUAUAAACAUCUUUAAUCCUUCGCACUUGGAAAUUAUAAAGAAAGCUACUCAU